AUGGCGGAGGACUUAAUUCUAAAUGAAGAUGUUAACACAGUGAAUUCUUAUUGCAAUAUUGGAAUAAACACAUUUGAGGAACAAACAAAUUUAUAUGAGGAGACGAUGGAUGAUUUGGGAAGAAAACGAAUAAGAGAUGAGGAAAAUGGUGGUGAAUGGCAACAAGUUGUAAGUCACACGAAGAAAAAAACAAAAAUAAUGGAUAGUUCAGAGAGUGAUUUUAUACAAGUUUGCAUUACAGGCAAGAAUAUGUUACCGAAGGCGUUUACUUUAGCAAAAUUAUUCCGCGAACAAAAAAUUUUGGAUGUUAUAAAAGUAAAAUACAUUAAUCCAUAUAAAAUUAACGUAAGUUUCAGUAAUGAAUCUAGUGCGGAAAAGUUAAUAGCAUGUGAGGAAUUUAUAAAAUUGGAAUGGAGAUUUCAAAAAAGCUGGGAAGUUGGAUUAUCAUUUGGUAUAAUUAGAAAUAUUGAUACAGAGUUGUCUGAAGAAGAAAUAAUAAAAAAUAUUUCUUGUGACUUUGAAAUAGUUGUAGUUAAAAGACUAAACCGUCGAUUCGAAAAAGAAUGGAUUCCUAGUGAUACUGUUAAGAUUGGAUUUAAGGAUACACAGAUAGUAAAUUCAACUCCCUCUGCAAAGGAUUACGUAUACAUGCCCCAAUGUACGAUAGAUGCGUCCCCAUCAUAUUCAGAAGUUCUAAGAAUGCCACAAGAAAAUCAUAAAGCAGACUCUCCAUCUCAGAAUGUUAAAAAACCUAGUGCUAAGAAAAAGAAGAAACGGGUACAAAUUUCCGAAAAUGUCUACGCAGAUUUUUCUACAGAUUCUGAUAUAGACUUAGAGAAUGAAAAUAAAACUCCCUUUACAACAAGUGAAGAAGAAAAUAAGCAACGGGAAGAAUAUCAAAAAAUGAGGCUGCGAACAAAUUCAUCCCUUUCAUUAAAGUAUGCAAUAUUCCACAUUCUAGAUUUGUUCCUCGACCCUAUUGGUCUGUUGAACUCUCUAGAGCUGUGGCUAUCCGCCGAAUUGCUCUUAGAAAUUUUCGACGCAAUCCCACACCUCGAAAUU